AUGGGCUUGUCAGAUCCUAAUGUGUGGGCUGCCAUACAGAGAACCUUGGCUCAGCAAAAUCGCCUGUCAUUGAUUGCGCCAAACGAAGCGUCACCUAAGAAAGCUGGCGUGAUUCGUCGUCCAGAAGUGCCUUCUCGUACAAGCAGUCAACGUCGCGCACUCGACCACUUUGCCAGAGAGCUGGAGAAAUACGCCGAUGCUGCUGACGCUACUGGAAAGCUGCCGGUCACUACUCCUACUGAAUCAGACAUGAAAUACUCCCUACAUACCGUCAAGCCACUAUUUCCCUACAAGAAAGAAUUCGAGGCUGCUGGACUUGCUAUGACCGCAGAUCAGCAGAGAAACAAGUCGCCAGAACAGAUAUACGAGCAAUCACACGGUAAGUGUGCCGCCUCAAACUGCCGCGGCCAAGAACCUCAUGAAGGAAUAGAUGGCAUCUAUGAUUACUCUUCAGAUUCUGCAACACCGAGCUCUCAAUGGGUAGUCGAGUUUCCGCAACCAAAUCCAAUUUCUACAAAAGACGAAACUCUUCCUGCUCGAAAGGAAGCACGACAAACAGUUGGCAAGGACUCUCCCAUACGCGGUAGAAAGAUGCUUCCAUGGUUGAGAAGGAAACAUGGCACGAUGGAGCCUGAUACGACGCCAAGGGGACGUGUCGGUACCAUGAUCGAAACAAGGCGAGGUGAAUGGAGGCUCACUGGGAAAGAGAAUGAACAGCCAAAAAAGGCACCGCCAGUUACUACUGGAAUUCGUCCACGGCAAGAAGCCCAGAAAUCAAGACAGUUGAAAUCUGUCGAUCCUGUGGCCCCGCAGACUCCAGCCAAAUCCCGGCCUCACGUUGUACGAUCGCACAUGGCCGAAUUCAUAAAUGGCUCUUCGAACCCGCCUACUCGAGCAGAAGAAAAGAAGACGGAUCGCAAGAAUCAGUUUCGUCCAGAAAAGGAGCUUGCACGAGGUUCACUUCCUCGUGUGCGAUCUAGCAGGCAUGAUCAAGAUCUAGACUCGAGACCUCACCACCACCCAUUCUUUCAACGUCAUCACCAUUCUCCCCAUCACCGUAUCCAUCAUGUACAUGGGGCUCCCGUUACGUGGGUGGAAGAAGAGCCCAAAAAGUCCCCCAAGCGACGACUGGAUGAGUCACAAGGAAUCAGAAAACCCAAACCGAGACCCAAGCCGGUUUCUCCGGCACCAGAGCUUCCAUAUACUUGGAAAUACGCAGUGAGCAAUGCAUCAUCACUGGAACGUGCACUCAAUAUGGCACAGGAACGAGUGAGCCGGAUAGAAUCUCAGGCUUUACGACCAAGCAAUCCAGUAGUUCCGAAAGCUAAAAGUCACAAGCAUCACCCCUUGCUCGCCCAAGAUUCAUGUCGAAACUACAUUGGCUCUGGACAGCCAUUGAAACCUGUCGAGGCUGUAGUAACUACGGAAGAGGUCAAAACUGGGACGGCCUUUGGACAGAACACGUCUCAUUUACAGCGGCAGUAUCCUUUGGCUCGAACAGAGAACCGAAUGGCGAAACAGGAAAAAGACAAUGUCGCCGUGCCUCUACCGACUCAGCAGACCGAGUACGACGUCAACGAUCAGAGGGAUACCAAGCGGUUCGAAUAUCCACCAUUACAGCACGGAACAAAGCCGGAAAACCAGUCAAUCGCGGCUAAAGGAAAAGAGAAGAUGCAUAUUCAAGAGAUUGGCGAAAUGGAAGAAGCGGAACCAUUACCUUCCAGCAAUUCUCCUGAUGAUCUAGAUGCGGUUCUCGAUUACUUGGAUGUGUUUUUCGACACUGAUGAUGCAGCAAUUGAUGAUCUAGUUGUGUUGCAAGGACUUCAGGUUGCUGUCAAGGCUGCAGCAGACGAUUUGUAUGAUGGUCUCUUGCGUCAAAGGACUGGGUUGAGGAUUCGACGUUUUCUGGCCGACUUGAAGGCGAUUGAUGCAUUUGAUCCCCAACUAGCAGUCAACCAACCCAUGCCAAAACCAUCAGCUUCAAAGAGGCUGAAAAGGGGACAGCCUGUGCCAAAGACUUGA